AUGCUCCCAAAAGUCUUGAUAGCAUUUUUACUAUUCAGCAUAAGUAUUAUCGCACAUGCAUCUACAUGCAGCAGCGCAGUCCAAAAAACCCCCAGCGUCAUCAUCACCGGUCCCUCCUCCCUCAACAUAACCCACCUGCUCGCCCACAAACACAUUGACACCCCAAAAUAUCAAUAUCAAUAUCAACCCGUCAACCACAACAUCUACCACCGCGGCGACACAACCUUCCACAGCUUCGCCUUCUCCCUCCAGGAAGAAUGGCAGUUUGCUCUACGGGGGUAUUACAAUCUCGCGCGAUUCACUGCAGAGUCCAGCGACGUUAACCUCGCACCAGGCUUGAUCUGGGCCCAGGAGGAUCAGCUCUACGUUCGUCUUGUCACUGGGACGCCUCUUGAGCCCCAGAUGAGGACAUUCAGUCUAGGGAGUGUUCAGAUGGGGAGGUGGUAUGCCGUGUCUGUUUUGGUCAAGUGGGAUGUUGAGGGCAACGGGGAGCUCCGUUUGUGGGUUGAUGGGAAGAAGGUACUGGAGAAGACGGGGGUAGACACGAUCAUGGACGAUGGGAGGGUGUAUCGGUUUGAGAGUUGUGGGAUCGGGCGGUGUUUGGGGGUGUAG